AUGGCAGCGGCGACGGCGGCGGAAAGACUCGAGUAUGUGCUUGUGGUCGACUUUGAGGCGACGUGCGACGACGAUCGGACGUUUGGCCCGCAAGAGAUCAUCGAGCUCCCGGUGGUGUUUGUCAAGAUGGCCGGCGACGGCGACGGCGACGGCGGGCCGCAGAUCGUGGACGAGUUUCACAGGUACAUCCGCCCGACAAGCGUGCCUCAGCUGACCCGGUUCUGUACCGAGCUCACGGGCAUCAAGCAGGAGACGGUCGACGCUGGGAUGACCAUCGACGAGGCACUGGACGGGCUGGCGGAGAAGAUCGACGAGGUGCUCGGCGCCGAGCUGGCGGGCGAGAGCACGCGGUGGGCGUUUUGCACAUGCGGCGACUGGGAUCUCAAGACCAUGUUGCCCAAGGAGGUGCGCAACAAGGAGUUGCGGCUCGCGCCGGCGCUAGCUGCUGGCGUCGAGUCGUGGAUCAACAUCAAGCACGUGUACUCGGCCGCCACCGGCAGCCGGGCCCGCGGCAUGAAAGGCAUGCUUGAUGCGGUUGGCCUCGAGCUUGUGGGCCGGCAUCACUCGGGCAUCGACGAUGCACGCAACAUUGCGGCGCUCCUAAUCGAGCUGUGGGAGUGA